CCGUCAUGCUAUACGUAUGUGAUUUACCAUUGUUUUGGAAACAACCACACACACCAAAAUUUGUUAUAAAUAUGAAACCUUGGCUUCCAAGCCAAAAUUGGCGUACUGCCGCAAAUGACUCUCACAGCUCUUACCAGCGGAAACUCACCCGCCAUCACAAGACUACAUUCCACUAAAAAACCGAAACCGUCAAUGGACGACAUAGACCAGAGAUCCGAAUCUGACAAUGUAGUAAUGGACAAUACCAUCGCCAUUGAAGAACCUGAUGCCUUGCCACAGCUUAAGCGAUUUGGAGAAAUAGACGAACCAAUAACCCCUCUUGACGAGAACUCUUACGUAUUUGACCUGGAACAAUCUUCAUUCACCUCCAAGUCACUUGGUGGCAGCGCCGUCUUUGUCGAUGGCUAUCAUGACGAAGUUAAUGAACAAAAACCGCUUGAUCCAUCCGCGUUCGGAGAUAACAUUGAUGAUACCAGCGAUGUAGAGUCUGUUGACGCUGAGAAAAAUGACACUCCGCCAACAUCUACAUUGACCAACGAGGAUCAAAAUUUAAGUGUAGCAGAAAAGACAGAUUUGCAAACUGGGAUCGAUAACGAAACAGCAAAGACAAAGAACAGUACGACUCAGCUAGUUGGUUCCUUGAUGGACAAACUUCGCGUGAGCGAAGUAUUUAAUGCUGCGAAGGCAAAGGGUGCGGAUGACCAAAAUCGUCCCAAUUUCGAAUUUUCACGCCAUAUUUCUGGAGACCAAUUGCAGAACAUCUUGAAGUCUGUAAACGCCAAAGAGUUGAUGGAAUCAUCCGAUAGUGAAUCGGUCAAGGAAACUCUGAUGCAUAUUCAACAGGCUGCUUUGGACGAGGUUCAGGAGCAAGAGGAUCAGAAAGGCGUGGUUGAUGAGAUGCUGGAAGCAUUAGCAACUUCAAGUGGCGUAUCGGGAUUAGCUGGGGCUAUAUCAGAACAAUUACGCAGUCAAGAUGUCAUCGAAGAAGCAGCAGAGAGGCAACCAAUGGAUCUAGAAAGCGAAUCCUCUGUUCUUAGCGAAGAAGAGCUUCGACCAGAAUCCCUUAAGGAACCUGAGGAACCCAUCUUUCAUGUCGAUCUUUCUGCUUGUACAUCAAGGCAAUCAUCGCGAUUUAACUCCGAUUACGAUGAAUACUGGAGGGAAUAUGGUUUGCAAUUUAUAGUCAUGCUUUGUAUUGCUCUACUGGCAUUGACAAUCAAUAUCCUUGGUCGUUAGAGCGCUGCUCAUUGUUCAUAAUAAUUAUUGGUAUUGCUGGCAUUUAAACAUGGAACUUAACUCAUACAUGGAAUAAUAAUAAUAAACCGAAAGAAA